AAACUUCUCUAUAUAUAUCUUCAAGAAUCGCUAAUUUUCUGUUGCAAUUCUCUCUCAAUAACUGCAUUCAGUUUAAAGAGAAAGAUCUCUUCAUUUUUGAAGCUACAUUGAUCAUUUCUUAGUCAGCUGCACUUCUUCUACUUCGUUUGGGUAUCUCUGUUGUGUUCUCUUUCAACCCAUUAAUGGUGUUGAUGUGAGAACAGAGGUGGGGUUGUUGAACUUUUUAUUUUUUUUGGGCAUUUCUGGUUUCUGGGUGUAGUGUUGAUUGAUAUUCACGGACUUCUACUCUGUUUGUGUGCGUCAGUUGGAUUUUUUGAUCGAGAUUGAAGUUUCAUCGGAAUUCAGGGAAAUUGAAUUUGGGUUUUUCUGCUAGUGUUGAAAUAUUGGAGUUUUGGGGUACAUUUCUACAUUUUCGAUCAGCUAUUAGCUAUACAUUUUAUAGUUGUUUUUUUUUGAGUUUAAGAAGGAAAUGCACGAUGGUUUCUUGGCUGGAUAGGACUGUAUCAGCUUGUUGCCAACCUUUAGGUCGAUAUAUCGGUUUGAGCAGCAGUGAAGAUGGUGUACUGGGAGGUGAAGAUUACCCAUUGCUAUGGUAUAGAGACCUUGAGAAACAUUCAUGUGGCGAGUUCUCGUUUGCUGUGGUACAGGCUAAUCAAGUAUGCGAAGAUUAUGGCCACGUUGAACCAGGUCGUGAAGGUACCUUUGUUGGGGUUUAUGAUGGCCAUGGUGGCCUUGAUGCUUCAAGAUUUGCCUGUGAUAACCUUAGCCGCCAUUUAAUAACGCUUGCUCGAGAAAAAGGAACAAUAGAUAAAGAAGUUCUUAAUAAUGCCUUCGCUGCAACUGAAGAUGGCUUCCUUUCUAUUGUGGAAAGGGAAUUUCAUGAUGAUCCAGAAAUUGCGUCAACGGGGAGCUGCUGUCUGGUUGGUGUUAUCUGGAAAAGGAGAUUAUAUGUAGCUAACCUGGGUGACUGUAGAGCAGUAUUAGGUCAAACAGGAAUAUUCAAUAGGAUUUUUGCUAAGCAAUUGACUAAUGAUCAUAAUGUCAGGAUCAAGGAGGUCAGGGAUGAACUGAGAGCUCUGCACCCAGACGAUCCAAACAUUGUGACUUAUGUCAGAAGAACAUGGCGUGUUAAAAGCAUUAUACAGGUAACUAGAGCAAUUGGAGAUGCAUUUCUGAAGAAGCCAGAAUUUGCUAUUGGUGCAAUUCCUCUUAAGCGGCCAGUACUAAGAGCUGAUCCAUCUUUCUGUUCAAGAAACUUACAACCAUGCGAUAAAUUUGUUAUAUUUGCUUCUGAUGGGCUGUGGGAUCUCUUAAGCAAUCAAGAGGCUGUAAAAAUUGUGCAUGCCUACCCUAGACAGGGCAUAGCUAGAAGACUUGUUCUAUCAGCCCUAAAUGUGGCUGCACGUGCAAGAAAGUUGAAGUGCGAUGACCUUAUGAAUUAUGACAAAGGUGUCAGGAGGGCCUUUCAUGAUGAUAUAACAGUCGUAGUCAUCUUUAUAGAUCACGAGAAGCUGAAUGACAAAUUAACUGCGCCUGGAAUGUCAGUUCGAGGAUAUGUAGACACUCAUCGACCAUCAGAUUUUAACAUUGAGCAAGAGGUUGCUACAGAGACUGAACACACAGAGACUGAAUCCACAGAGACUGAAUCCACAGGGACUGAACCCACAGGGACUGAACCCACAGAGACUGAAGCCACAGGGAUCGAACGCUCAGAGACCGAACCCACAAAGACCGAACCUACAGGGACUGAACCCACAGAGACCGAAUGCUCAGAGACUGAACACACAGAGACCGAACCCACAGGGACUGAAGUCGCAGAGACCGAACCCACAAAGACUGAACUCACAGUGACAGUAUAACAAGUUGUUUGCAGUUGUUCUUUUGUAGGGAAGCCUGGAUCUCCCAUUUUGAUAUACAGUCCAGAUGAACAGCAAGACUAUUAGGUUACCCAUAUGCCACCACCAUCCAAAUUUUUGAAUGUACAAAGACAUGCUGAGAAAACUGUCUCCUAUUGUUUGUUUACCACAAUAUCUGUCAAUGUAAGGCCAUAAACACAUUCUGUUUCAAGAUGUAUACACAUGAACCCCACAAUCUUGCCUUUUGAAGAUUUCUUGCUUGUUCUA